AUGGUUGGCACGAAGUCAUACCUGGGCACUGCCCUUCUCUCUCUCCUGGCAUUGAACAGUUCCGGGGUCCUCGCCCAUCGCUGGUUCAACUGGCAGGAAGACAUCAGAUGCGAUGCUACGGGCUACUUCGUCCCUGACAACGAAGCGGAUCUCAUCAGUUACCUGCACCACGCGCAGUCGCAGGCAGCGCGGAUGAUCCCCUUCCAGAACCCGGACAUUGCCGCGGACAAGUCGAAGGGCUACCUCAGCGACGACGUGACGGUGAUCACACGCUUCAUCAAGGCAGACGACAACUGGCUGUCACCGGUCAACGACUACAACCUGCCCGCGGGCGCGCAGGGCGUCUUUGCCUCGCUCGAGUACUCCUGGAUCCCCACCUACAACAACUGGACGCAGCAGUACUUCUACCAGAAGUUGGCGAGCGAGUUCAUCCCGCGGUUCGGUGAGAAGUACAACGUGCGGUCGCACUGGAACAAGAUGCAGUCCCACAACGAGACGUACACCGCCACCAUCUUCCCAAGAUGAGCAAGUGGCUCGACCUGAAGGAGGAGAUGAAUCCCCAGUGUCAGUUCAUCAACGAGUUCUUGAUCCAUGCGCUGGGAAUUGAUCGCUGCCAGAGUGUGCUGAACUAGGGCUGGGCUUUUCCUGGGUUUGAUGGGAAGUUGAGUGAGAUGCUAUGAGCA